UCCUUACUAAAUGACAACUGACAUUGACAAGGGCUAUUUAUAAUUUUUAUAAUCCAAUUAGUAAAAAAUAAUCAAAACACUAAACAUUUCCAAAUAGUGUUGUUAUUUUUAGUGUUAAAUAAUGGCAGAUGACUUAGAAAAUAUACCUUCAAUUACUGUGAAAGAGCCGUUGGAUUUAGUUCGACUAAGUUUAGACGAAAGAAUAUAUGUUAAAAUGCGAAACGAUCGAGAACUGAAAGGUAGACUUCACGCUUAUGACCAACAUAUGAACAUGGUUCUGAGUGAUGCUGAAGAAACUAUAACUACUGUUGAAAUUGAUGAAGAAACUUAUGAAGAAGUAUAUAGAACUACUAAAAGAAAUAUUCCGAUGCUUUUUGUAAGAGGUGAUGGUGUGAUAUUAGUUUCACCUCCUAUGAGGACAUCUUAAUUAUUUCAAUUUUCUGAUAUAUAAAAAUUAUAAAUUAGUUUCUAACUUUAAUAUAAAAUUAAGAAAUAUGAAAA